AUGAAGGGCCGGCCCACGCCGCGCCUUCGGCUGCCGCUCGCCCUGUACAACGUGGCGCAGGUCUGGCUGAGCGGGUACCUGCUGCACGAGACGCUGGUCAGCAGGCCGUCCAGCUGGCUCUGCGUCCCUGUCGACGUCAACGACGACCCGCGGGCGCAGCGGCUGGCUGAUGCCAUCGCCGUCUUCGUCCUGAGCAAGAUGCUUGACUUCCUGGACACGGUGUUCCUGGUGCUGCGGAAGGACCACGAGAGGAUGACGUACUUCCACGUGUACCACCACGGCUCGAUGUUGUUCAGCGGCUGGAUAGCGUCGGUGUACGCCCCAGGCGGAGCCAGCUGGCUGCCACUGGCCAUCAACAGUUUCGUCCACGGUGUUAUUUACAGCUACUACCUGCUGGCCAGUCUGGGGCCCGCGAUGCGCCGCUAUCUGUGGUGGAAGCGUUACCUCAUCCAUCUGCAAAUGCUGCAGUUCGCUGGGAUCGCGCGAGCGCUGGGCUUCGCCCCAACAUCGACGCGCUUCCCGCCCCAACUCUCCAGCAUCUGCAGCGUCUGCGACAGCUUCUCUAACACAUUAACCUCUGCGGCAGCCGAAGUGGGCGGUGGCGGCCACAGCACCUGCACGCUCUGA